GAAUAUUUAAUUUUUAAAGCGACCAUAUACCAUGUCAGAAGUACCACCAACCGAGCCAAAUCAACUGGCAGGCAAUUCAGCCCCACCAGUAGCUAUCACCCCAUCUGCCCCAGUGCGAUUCAAAUCAGAUAUUGAUAUCAUUCUAGCUCGAAGCACGCAGCCAGGAAGCGAAUCUUUACCCCCCAAUACUUCAGCAUCCAGCGAACCUCAAAAGACUAAAGCAGGUCCAAGCAAAGGAGAGCCAUCUAAUAAAUCUAACAACCAAAAAGGUUCUUCACAUAAACAUUCACGUCAACGUGCCGAUCAUAAACGAAAGAGCGAUUGGCAAGAAGAUGAUCGACAUCAGACCAAAUCCAAUAAAACUCAUGAAACUGGUCAUCCAUCUGGCUCUAAAGAGAAAAGACUACCUAAACGUAAAGUGGCAGUUUUGUUAGGUUAUUAUGGUAAAGGUUAUCAAGGAUCUCAAGUUAAUCCUGGAAUGAAGACUAUUGAAGGUGAAGUCUUCAAAGCGUUUGUAAAGGCAGGAUGUGUCAGUGAAGAUAACUCGGCUCAUCCCAACAAAGUCGGACUCCAAAGGGCUGCAAGAACCGAUGCAAAUGUUCACGCUGGAUGUAAUUUGAUCUGUUUAAAAUUGAUCCUAGAUCCGCCCAGCCUGAAAGAAAGUUCGGAUAUCACUGCGGAAUCAUCUGAAACCAAGACGUGUGGGGAUCCCGAGCACCACUCACUUCCUCUGAUGAAGCACAUCAAUUCAUUUUUGCCUGAAGAGAUUAGACUCUGGGGUUUAGAACGAGUUCAAAAUUCAUUUCAUGCUCGAACAUUAUGUGAUUCAAGAACAUAUGAAUAUUCAUUACCCACCUAUUUAUUUUUACCACCUAAACCAGGUACGGCAUUAUACAAAAGGUUAGAUUCAAUUGAAACAGGACCCUCAGGAAAAAAAUGGUCAGAAGAUUAUGAUCCAGAAGAAUUAGAAGCAUUAUGGUGGAAAGAUUACGAACCAGAACUUGAAAUCGCAUCUACCACCAAUCCAUCAGGCACUUUAUCAAAUUUCAAAUCGAGUGUGAUACACAAAAAAUCGUCUUAUAGAAUUUCAUUACCAAUGUUACAAAGAUUAAAACAAAGCGUUCAAAAGUUCAAAGGCACUCAUAAUUUUCAUAAUUUUACGGUUGGGAAAGAGUUUAAGGAUCGUAGUGCGAUUCGAAUUAUACGUGAGAUGACAGUUUCGGAUCCCUUUGUGGUGGGUGGUGAAUCGGAAGGUGAUCCGGCUACUGAAUGGAUCUCGGUCAAAUUCUAUGGUCAAAGUUUCAUGCUACAUCAGAUCCGGAAAAUGAUUGGGCUUAUCAUUCUACUCUGUCGAACUCGUACACCGUGUACGCUCAUUCCUGAAUUAUAUGGACCAGUGAGAGUGAGAAUACCCAAAGCACCUGGCCUUGGUUUAAUCCUACACCAUCCACAUUUCGACGGAUACAACAAACGAGUUUUAGAAGCUAAUCGGAAUAUUUCAACACAAAAACAAAAAUCGAAUCCUAAUAAAUCAGGAAUAGAAACUAAUGAAGAUCAUGACUUAAUUAGAGAAACUAUAGAUCCUCAAAAAUGGAUAGACGUGAUUGAAAAGUUUAAAAAAGAGAUGUUGUAUAAAAAGAUGUGGGAAGAAGAACAAAAAGAAGAUGGCUUUGGGGUUUGGAUCAAUUAUGUUGAUGUUUGUAAUGUUGGGGAUUUAGAUUUUCUUAAUCCGAAAGGAGUCUUACCACCCACACUGGCUGAAAACAAAAAAGGCGCACUCUCUAUGAGAUUAGAAAAACCUCAAGAUCAUGCUGAAAAGGUAAUGUCAGAUGAUGAAGAUAUUCAUUACCAGGAUGGUGAAGAAAUUGAGGAAGGGUAAAGUUUACUCUGUGGAUGUCAAUCACACUUCAUGUACAAAGGCGAUGGUUGGUUUCUUUGUUUGGUUUUGUUUUGGUAUCUGCAUAAAUUGUGCUAAAAACAUUGCAAGGGUAAUAGAUUUAUUUGUCAGAGUG